GACAACACACGCAUGGAAAACCGCACUCAGGUGGCUGAUCUGUUUGAAAAGAUAGACGAGAUAGUGCAGUUAAAUGGUCAGCAUUAUACCAGUGGCAUGUACGAAGAGGCCCAGAGAAAGAUGAAAUCAAGGCAAUGGUGGAGCAAAUGUGGAGACUAUAUGAACUCUGCAGGUAAUCAGUUGUUUAUGUUAGCAACAGCCACAGCUCUCCCAGCAGCUCAUGCUGCUAUAGUGGCAGAGGAAGUAGCAGCUGUAUCCAUAGGGUCAUAUGUAAUGCUCGGAGGUGCAGGGACUUUAAAAGCCAUUGGGGGUUGGAUGAAACCUAAAAAGACAGACAGCUAAGUGUGUCAAGCCAUGAACCUUUAAUCAAACAUGUGAAGUCAUUCCAUGUUUUGUUUUUUCACAGAUGAGCACAAAUUCAUAUUUGACUUCUGUUAUUGCAUUAUUAUUGCAUUUCUUUGUUUCAUUUAUGUGCACUCAUAUAUAUCAGUCACAGCUACGACAGCCUGCCUGUUUUAAACAAUAAAUUAACCUAUUAUGACAAAUCUUUUAAAUGUUGAUGCUGAAUUGAUAUUGGGGAUUUUGUAUAUGGAGAACACUACUGUAAUUGUUCUGUUUGAUUUGUUAGAAUAAAAUAAAACAAUGUGAUGACAACCUCAAAAAGUAUGUUUGAUGCUGUACCAAAAUCUGUAUUAUAUGAAAAUCCCAGUUCUAAAAGCAAGAAUUCACACAAAAGCAUCCAGGACUCCACACAGUUGCUUGUUUGAGAUGAACCCAGUCAGGGUGGAUUCAUAAGAGUGAGCUGAAAAUCAUACAGUUAACAUGACACCACAGAUAUCCACCAUUAAGGUGAAAGGUUGAAAUUGGCACACACUUUUGUGUGCUAACAUUUGUCCACAUACGCUACGGGUAAAUUCACAAUGUCAAUCAAUAUAUCUAACAGAUGGGGAAAAAAAUGCAUUUUUCAACUAAUCAGAAAGAAAAAUAUCAGUGUGUUUACUGUGGUAUUUACUGAUCUUCCAAUCUAACUCUCACUAAGAAAGAGAAUAAAAGUGUUUUCCAAAAUGUCACACUCUGAAACCUUUAAGGGCUUAAGAAAUAUGAAUAAUUUAAUUACACAAUGCAUUAUAAUGCAUGUAUAAUAAAUGAAUAUACUAUGAUGUCUUAUAACAACAAUCCUGCAGCAUUACAAGUAUGAUUAUAAUACUUAAAUAGGGCUGUUUUGCAUGAAAGGUAAUAUGG